AUGAAAUUACUUCUUCAUGUAUCCACAGCUUUUGUCUCUGGAGAAAAGUCCGGAAUCAUAUUCGAGAUACCAUUUAAAAUGGGUGAGACACUCAAUGACAAAAAUCAUCUGGACAUUAGAGAAGAGAAGAGGGUAACACAAGAAAGACAUAGACAACUCAUCGUUGAGAAAGCUAAUGAAGAAGCCAUGUCAUCUGCCAUGACGGAUCUUGGUAUUCAAAGGGCAAAGUUGCAUGGAUGGCCAAAUGUCUAUGUAUUCACCAAGGCAAUGGGAGAGAUGCUAUUGCUCAAGCGAUUAAGACAAGAUGUGUCAUUAGUCAUAUUACGUCCUACCAUCAUCGCCAGUACCUAUAAAGAACCAUUUCCUGGAUGGAUUGAAGGCGUUAAGACGAUGGAUAGCUUCAUUGCUGCAUAUGGUAAAGGCAUGACUUCUUGCUUUCUUGCACAUCCUAACAAAGUACUUGACAUAGUAAGUUCUCCUUAA